CUCAGUCGUGCCGCGAGCACUUGCGAGAGUUCUUCUCUGCUGCUCCGCCGUUCCAUCGUCGGACAUCAUCACCAGCAAACAGCAGGCAAAAGGUCGCGUUCGCAGCCGCCACCAGCGGACGAUCCCCUGCCGUCGGCCUGCACUCGACGGCGCGGAUCUAGAACGCAGAUCCAGUGAGCUGUGAGCGAAUCUGAGGUUAGGAUGGUUUGCCGGCUGAACCAGUAGUGUAGAUGCAAAGCCGUCUCUGACUUGGAUGUGUUUGUGUGUUUCUGUGUAACUGUGACCAUGGAUAUACUACCGAGCGUCGGCAUCUUCAGGGAGCUGCAGGACAUCCACGACACCGGCUACUUCUCGGCGCAGCCGUCGCUGGACGACCACUGGCAACAGGUACGGAUAAGAUUCCUUUGCGGGAGGUUGAAUUUCAAUGCUUGGAGGCGAACCGAGACAGCGGGAAAGACCUGCUACGAGAUGGAGCGCUACCUCAAGGACGAGCCCAAGAUGCAAUCGUUUAAAAAGUUGCCCUCGGAUAUGGAAAGGACGUGGUACGAAGUGAACUGUAUAGACGACUAUAGUGACCGGCACCUGGACGCGUUCAGUUCAGCGAGUUCGCCCUGCUCGUGGGACGAGGGCGGCGCCUUGUCGUGCGCGGUCCUCGUCAAGCAGGAGCCGAUCGACGACGAAGAGGACGAGGACGAGGGCUACGAGGGGCAGGUGCACCACCACGGCGACGACACCGGGGACGCGCUGCAACUGCGUUUAGUGGCGAGGAACCCGGCGACGCUGACGCCUCCUUCUAGUCCCGAAUCGGGACCCGGUCACAGUAACGGAAGUUCUAGUGCGAGCGAAUUGGACGUUUGCGGACUCAGGGUGGGCAGUGUAUCCAGGAAUGCGAUUGUGCGGGUUAGGGGACUGACGAGGUACAUAUCGGUCGUUCCGCGGACCACGACGCAGAGUCCCGUUUCCUCACCCGCUUCCACGCCGACCGUCAAACAUCGGCUGGACCACUCGCCGGACUCGAAGCGGAGGAUACACAAGUGCCAAUUCCUAGGCUGCAAGAAGGUCUACACUAAGAGCUCGCAUCUGAAGGCGCACCAAAGGACACACACAGGCGAGAAGCCCUACAAGUGCUCGUGGGAAGGGUGCGAGUGGCGGUUCGCCCGAUCGGACGAACUCACCCGCCACUACCGCAAGCACACGGGAGCGAAACCGUUCAAGUGCCGCCACUGCGACCGAUGCUUUAGUCGUUCGGACCACUUGGCCCUGCACAUGAAGCGCCACGCUUAGACGGCCUACCUCUCCGCCGCAUCACUGCCAGUUACCGCUAGUGUACAUACUAUAAUUUAGAUAGGUGGUGUGGAUGGACUCUUGGAGCAGCACACACACACACAGUAGUAGCGAGGGAAUCCUCAGUGAUGUUCAUUCCUGUGAUCGACUUCGUCGGCUAGGGCCGAACACACACCUACAGAACAUUUAUAACUGUAGCUGUAACGAGAGGGCUGCAGGAGCGACGCCGACGCCGUCCAACGGACGCUAAAAUGUACAUUGUAUAGUUUCGCCCUUUCCUUCCCAAAACGAUAAGAUCAAAAUUUUUUAUGUAGGUAGUCGAUGGGUGGAUGUCGUGUAAAGGGCGGGGCGUGGCGUUUCGACGUCUUCGAAACGCCGCGUGCCGCCCCCGUCGGCGGCGGUCCGAAGCUCCCAAAGUUAGUCAUGUUAGAUUUAGUUAGUUUGUACGAAUGUGUCAAAGUAUUAACUGAAGACUGUGCAGGCGCACACCGCCGGAUAUUAGGCUAAAUGUCACUAUUUGUAAUAAUAAAUGAAAAAAAAUCAAAAAAGUAAUGUAGCGCGAACAAACAAAAGUUUUUUGAAAAAAAACUACUGAUAUGAAAAGUAUUAUAAUAGGUAAUUAUAUUUUUUGAGAAAGUGACCUUGGAUGAAAAUCUACUUUUUUCAAAAAUGCAACGAUAAGCCGUGUACAGCAGUGUGAUGUACAAUGUGCAUUUGAGCGGCGUCGCGGCGGCGUUCCCGGCGUCGCGACGCCGCACCCUCCGACGCAUUCCUUCUCGAUGCAUUCUAUAUUUCUACUUCCCUGACUUAGGCAUAGUGUGACUGUUGUGCGAAGAGACCGUGUAUAGAUUUUUAGUGUUAUAGCAUUUUGUACAGCUGCAUGCUUUGUUAAUUAGUUCGGUACAUUUUACUAAUACGUGUGCGAGCAGUGCGGCUUUGUGCGAAUGGUGUGCGAUCGUUCGUUGUUCUUCCGGGCACUUUUUAGCGUAGACGUCAGAGUAAUAUAUUGGUUAGUUUAUAACACGAUUUUUUACCUGCUGGACGCGAAUGAUGUUGAUGUUGUUUCCAUUCUUGUUCCCCGUGCAUUUUCGUCGCCGGUUUUCUUUCGCUUCUGUCCCCGUAAACCUGCAAGAGGGGCUUCCUGGCCGCCCGCAGGCCGAGAAAAAGAGGCUCUCGAACCACCACCACCACCACCAACAGGAUCGCAAACAUUCUUCCGACUGCGCCACGCGGUAGGAUGCCUCUUUUUCGCGGCCUUCGCCCUCCGUCGAGCCGCCGGCCCCAGCUUCCACGACUCCUGCGUCUUCGCGAACUGGAGGAAUUGAUUUUGUACGAUUUUCUAACACACGGUUAGCGCGGUUCGACGCGGGUUGCUGUUUCUUAGAGAGGUGACAAGUCCCCUUCCCGCCUAAAUGUGACAUUCUUUCAUGUUCAUGUCGUCUCCCGGAGGCGUUGUAAAUCACUAGAAGGAGACGAGCGAUAGGUCCAAACCGUCGUCGGUGUCUCCGAUUUCCCGCCAGGUCGAAGCCAGUUAUCGUCGUAAUUAGGUAAUUAAAUAAAUCAGGUUGUUUGUUGUGUUUGUUGUAAUUUCGGAGGGUCGCGUCGCGUCGGGUUGUUAAAUAAUAUUUGCCGCUUGAUAUGGGUAGAGGGUUGUUUGGGUUUGGUGCGUUCGUUCGUUCGUUCGUUCGUUAGUUCGUUAGUUCGUUCGGAGACGACGUUGGCUUCGUGAGGCACCGACCGCCUGCGAUUAGCUGGCUGUUCAAAACGUUUUCGGUUCAAGAUGUUCUAGUGAUUUAGGAUGGACUCUGUGUUGUCUUUUAGUUCGUACGCUCGCCGGCUUUGCUGUUGCGGGCCGGAUAGUUUUUAAGAUAGGAAAUACUAUGUGAAUAUAAACGAAAUAUUUUGCCAAUGGAAGUUGAUCUUCUCUUAGGAUUUGGAAAUAAUGUUUCUAUACCAGUAAUUGAAAUGUAUUUGUAAAUGUAUUUUAACUAUAAUUGAAUUUUAGAUGACCCAAUUUGUAAAUAACUACAUGGUAUGCGAAUAAAUUUUCCGAUCUAUUUAAAUUUAAAUUUUGUAAUAUUUCCAUUUUGUAUUUCUUGAUGAUGGUGAUAAAUUUUUGUGGUCUGUAAAUAUUUAUUUGAGAAAAUAUUAAAUCUAUAUGUAAUUAUUAUUCUAUAUGUAAUUCGGAGCUCGUGCCAUUUUCGGUUAACUACCAAAGAACGACGAAGAUGACACGAACAUAAAGCACAAAUUAUAUUUAAUAUAUUUCUGUUUUUUGUCAAAGUUAAUUCUACAUAUUCGUCAACCAAACAAACAGUCGGCGAGAUUUCGUACGCUAGCUUGUAAUUCCGCUCAGUGCAAAUAAACGUACGUUCCUGUUAAAAUUAA